GAGCGGGGAUUUUCCCACUCGUGUCCCAUUUUUUUCUGCGCGAAGUGAAAACCGCUUAUAAAAACGUCUGCGCCGUGCCGUAUGCCGGCAGAUUGUCAAAACAUGGUCCGUGCUGCGUAAGUCUUGUGUGAUCGAUGUUGAUGACCUGUAGCAACGAACGGGAGAGAUUUAAUUACAAAUGUUUCAGCCAAUGAGACGCCUGUAAAAAUUGCACGAGGAAAUGUCCAUGAGGAAAUGUCAAUGAAAAUGGUCAAUCGGUCAUAGUGCUAGAUUUCUCAGCGUCUGCUAGCGCUACACUACUAAGUGAGCUCAUCGAAUGUAGCUGAACUUUCAUAAAAACCUCAACAAAGCCUAAUUUUGACAGCGAACACCCUCACCAACUGUUCUCCAGGGGGUUAUUAUAAACUCAUUCUUAGGGUCAUCAUGGAUGCAAAUUUGGCAGUGGAUCUGUUCUGGAUCUCCGCGACCGUCAACGCUAGCACGGCGCUGUUCUUUGCCUGGCGGGGGCUGGCCGGCUGGGCCACGGGCCGGUUCGCGCGGGAAGCCGCGGACGGUUCGUGGCGGAGGUCGCUGUUCGUUCUUCAAGACGAAAAGCCGUGGUGUCUUGCCAGAUUUUCGCUGAUUCUUGUCCAGUCCUUCGUCCUGUGUUUUGCGGCAUUUGCCCUCCUACUUCAGGGCGAUGUCCUGCAGAAUCCGUUCCUUGGUCUAACCACCUCCGGUCGAACCUGUUUUGCCAUAAACAUCGGCUGUUACAUGUAUCUCCUGAUUCAGGAUGCCUUACUGCAACGCCAUCUACCCAACUACUACAUCACCUUCAUGCACCAUCUGGUAGCAGCCGUCGUCUACUUGGUCUUCCUGGAGUACAGGCAGAACGCCCUCAGCGGCACGGUGGGGUUGUUUUUCGCGGCAGCCGCGCCAUUUUUCGAACUGUCCGACCUGUUGAAGGAGUUGCACGUGGAGCAACACCGCUCGGCGUGCGGGGUCAGUUUCUUCCUCAGUGGCCUCUUUGCCCUGGUCUUUAGACUAUUGCUGCCUACUGGCUUCGUAGUAUACUCCUACGUCGUCGAUUCGCCCUUCACCAUGGACAUCCUGGUCAUGUCUUGCUACUUCCUGAGUCUGGUCUUCUUCGGGAUGCUGAACCUCUGGUUCGUGUACUCCGCGGGGAACUCCCUGCGCGCCCACUACCGAUCCAGGUCGGCCUGGUUGUACAUGCGCCCGCUCCAGUUGGGCAAGCCGCACGGGCUAGACGUCAGGCAGGCCCGAUCCAGCAACACGGCAGCGAGUUUCACUCAAGCGAGUUUCACGGCCAAGCGCAACGACUUGAACUUACUCGCGCCUUGCUCCAACACCAACCUUGCCUCGAACACUCUAACGGCCGGGAAUCUAACCAACAGUGGCAAGGAUUAUCACAAGAUGGACAUAGCGGCAUUCUUCAACACGCUGGGCACAGCUCCGAGUUCUGAAUGUCAGUCACCGCUGAACAAUACUCCAGGGUCUAUCGAACUGCAAGCAGGCCUAAACCAGGCGCAGGACACACCAACGAGUGCAGCAGCUAGUGAGAGUGAAGCUACGAUAUUGUCUGAGGUCUAGAUGCAGACAUUGUCGGUAGAGCAGUCGAAGUAACCAUCAGCAUACCUUUAUUCUCUUGAUACACUUACAUGAGAAAAAAGCAGCAGUGCCAAAAUGUAUCAAAGCACAAAUCGAGCUCUAUAGUUAUAAACCUGCAACAUGAGGCUCUUGUCGCCAUCUCCUGUCGUCUUCAAUUUUUGACACGUAUCCCUUCCCUUCUGAUCGCAUUCUUACCCUUUCUUACAGCCAGCCUGUAUAAAAUAUUCUGUAAAUUGAUUCCUUCCCCUUGACCUAAAGUCAGCGAGCUGACCGUUGUUGGUACACAGUUCCGAAGCGCAUGUAAAUCGAUGCGAUACCGAGCAGUGAACCAACUAUAGUGAGUUGUGUCCUACUGUUUUUUGGUUUUUAGUUAGGGUAUACGGUGUAGCAUGAGUUUAGGUUUUAUGAAAUACGGACACAUUGGUGGUAUUGCGCAUGCUCAUACAUAAAUAAUUAGGGAGAGGGACCGGUCACGUGAGAGGGUUUAACCAAUAAAAGGAAAAAGAGUCCGAUUUUCAUAGAGUCCAAUUUUCAUAUGACACCGGACGUAUAUCUGCAAUGUCGGUAUCCGGUUGUGAAAACUCCAAUGAUUUUUUUGGUUCAUUGAAAUCAAUAGAAUAUUUUGUAUAUAGCAUUCACAUUCCCUAACUUAUAAAGACUAUAACUUAAGAGACAAUUAUAUUUUAUAAUGUACAAUUUUAAAGGGCUUUACUUUUGUCAGUUACGCAGAAUUAAGAAUCCUUUAACUUCAAAAGCUGGUAGUCUUUCCUUGUUAGCUCACCCCUUUCCGUUCCGUCCCUCAAAAUAUCCGUACGUCUUUCUAACAUCAGUGUUGUUACUUCAUAAAAUUGGAGCGACAUUAUGUGAGAUGCAGAGUAGUCCCAAAGUUCUGUUCUGUAGAUAAUAGCUCCAAUGAUUGUUACAGCAGAGUGGUGAUAAAAUUGUUCAGUUUGGUGAUAAAAGCAUGAAAUUUGUCACACAUGUCAUGGGAAAGAUAUUUGGCUAAAGGGUCAUCGCCGCUUUGUCCUUUGAAAAAAAAAUAUCAUAGAAUAACAAGCAAUUUUCAAAAUUUUCCAAAUGGCAGCCAUUGCAUGUUAUCCUAUGAUAUUUUUUUUCAAAGGGCAAAUCUGCGAUGGCCCUAGAGCCAAAUAUCUUUCCCAUGACAUACUCUGAUUGUGUGCCAACUUUCAUGCUUUUGUCAUCAAAUGAACAAUUUUUUUCACAUUUGUGCACCAAUCUGCUCGACUAUGUGUGAAGGCACUCGCUGCACCACUAUUUCAAGAAGUGAAGCUGAUGCACAUUUCAAUAUCUCGCCUCCAUUAGUUUGGAGAUUUAUUUUUAUCCCGCUAAAUGCAACUAGGUCCUAGAAAACCAAGCCCAAUUGUUACAAAUCCAAUUACCGCCAUUGCAGACGGCUUUAUAGGUCUACCUGAUUACCCUAAUGAAUGUCAAAAAAUAUCACUAAGUUAUAACUCCUAAUGACCUUAUUUUAUACUAGAAUUGUCUGUAAGGAAGAAGGCUUACAUAUUGUAUACGAGACCACAAACAAAAACCAUUAAUGAGAUAGUACCACACCUAUGCACCGCACGGAUGUUCAACAUACAAAUUGCACACGGCAUGCCAAAUUUAUCAGGCAAUAAUGGUACAACCUAAGUAACGGCUCCUUAUUGCGGUGCUCAAAUUAAAUAAUCCAGAGUUCUAUUGCCCAAAUCUUUCGUUUAAUUUGUACAAAAUAUGACCCUGGUUUCGUCAGACCCAGUAAAUAGUCUUGGAUUAUUUCACCAACUGUACAAAAAUGCAAGUGAUUAUAGAACAAACCAUAUCGUUUAUGUAUGUUUAAAUCUACAAAAGGGAACGCAAUAUGCAAAACGGUAGAUGAAUGCUUAUAAUAAGCUUACAUGUAAUACUAAAGGCAGAUGUUCAUUAACAGACCGAUCCAUUAUCCGGUUCGUAAGUUUGACGUCAUUUCAACUUAAUCAUGCGUACUGCACACGGUGCACCAUUGGAGCCAAUCUCGGAACCGGAAAGUGAAACUGGAGUACUUAGCCAAUGGGCGCUAGUAGUGUAUGACAAAGUCACUUACGAACAAGAUUAAGCCCCGCCCAACGAAGCUUUGACCAAUCGCAGCCUUCAUUAAUGUCCAACGUGCGUGCACAAGCGUCUGAUGCGCGUGCAUAUAUCCAUGCGCGUAUAAUGCGCGCGGCUAUAUGUAGAGUGUGGCAUUGAAGAGGAUAGGAGCACGUUGAUUUUCCCACGUGCGAAGUGGGCGGGGCUUAAUAUAAUCACAACCAAUCUUUAUACUCGACCAAAUUAAAGGCCAAGCCUUCAAUUUGAAAACUUUAUUGUAUGUGCAGUCAACAUUAUAAUUCUGUCUGUCUUUCAAAGAUAACUUUGUGCAUUUUCUUAGUGUCUUCACUCAUCAGGCUGGAAUAAAUGCAAGUUGAAAAUGUCAA